AUGUGUUUAUAUUCGGAGGUGACGGCCGAGGCGGUACGCUUUGCUGUACUCAAUCGCGAAAACCAACAACAACAAAAAUCCCCAAAAUUUUUGUUUGUGCUUAGCAUGUUGACGAAGACGACGACAGCGAUCACUGAUCGUCAUGCUAGCUGUUUGGCAUUUAUUAUUGUCAGCGUCAGCAGUGUUUUUGUUGUUGUUACCGUCACUGCGUCUCUUCGAAAUUUCACAUUGGCUUUGCGUAAUGUCAGCGUAACCAUACCGUUGGCUGUUAAACGUGGUGAUAAUGCGAUUUUAAUCUGUAAUUACGACAUUGAAAAUGACACUCUCUACACGGUUAAAUGGUAUCGUGGACGUCGUGAGUUUUAUCGCUACACGCCAAAAGAGAAUCCGGCAUGGAAAAUAUUCUCAACAUCAACGGCGGCGAACGGUUUAUCAGUGGAUACAACCCAGUCGAAUGCCAGCCAUGUAUUUAUACGCAACGUGUCGUUGGCCAUAUCAGGACGCUAUGCCUGUGAAGUUUCGGCAGACGCGCCAUCAUUUCAUACAACGAUGAUGGGUGGUGUAAUGGAUGUUGUGGAAUUGCCGACUCAAAGGCCCAUCAUUACCGGCAUUCAUUCACGAUAUCGUCUCGGUGAUGUUAUCAAUGGAAAUUGUUCGUCAGAUUACUCUAAGCCCGCAGCAAAUUUAACAUGGUGGAUAAAUGACAUACAGGUACCACCAAACUAUUUGCGGACAUAUGAUAUACAAAAACAUGUGGAGGAACAAAUGGAAUCUGCGGUGCUGGAAAUAAAUUUUAUUGUGACCUUACAGCAUUUCAUAAAGGGGCGUUUAAAGUUGAAAUGUUCUGCACGCAUACAUCUAAUUUACCAUGCCGAAACGGAGAAAUACAUUGAAGAAGAUCGUCCACGAAUAUUGGCUUCCGGUCGUUCACCAGAAGUAUUCCCCUAUGACCACAGCGAUGAGUUCGACGAUGAGAAUGGCCUGUAUCUGACACAAUAUACAAAUUAUCAUUCUUCGGCAAAAUCCUUAAUGUUAAAUCUCAAUCAUAUUUCAGGACACAUGCGCAACAAUAACGCGGCGGAUGUGAUUUCCAUUGGCAGCCAUAAAAACGAAGUGGGAGCAGCAACAACAACCGCAACAGCAGCUAUUGAGCUGCGUAAUAAUGAGACGCGACAACAACAACAACAUCAUCAUCAACAUAGCUUCUGCUGGUGUCGCCGUUGCCUUAACAAGCCGGUAUGUGGUUUCAAGCUCCGCAAGAUAAGUAUUCAUAAUUAUGCCACAUAUGCCAUCAACACUAGGGCCCGACGGCAUGAUCGUAAAAUCAUUAGCAUACUUUACGAUUUCUAUGACAUCUGA